UGUCAAAAUGUACAGGCUUCUCACCAUCGGCAUCGUUCUUUUGUGUUGGAAAUCUUCAAAGGUAACCUGUACCAUUUGUGACAAUAAACCCUGUGGCUCCGGUGGCACUUGUACCUCAUUAAUCACGUCCCCGGGUUACGAGUGCUCGUGCUUCUCGGGUUUCUUGUCGCCAAACUGCGCGGACCGCGAUGAGUGUUCAAUGGCGCUCGGCGUUUGCAACAAUGGAAGUUGCGUCAACACACCAGGAAGUUACCAAUGUGCAUGUUUCAAAGGCUUUACCGGAACUCACUGUAACAAUGUGAUGGAGGCUUGCGGGUCGUCACCAUGCAAAAAUGGGGGCACGUGUUCGGUGACGUCAGAUGGCAGCCACGUGUGCAAGUGUUACAUGGGGUUCAACCCGUCUAUGGACUGUGAUGAUAUAGACGAGUGUAACAUGGUUUCCGGCCACAACCCAUGCAAUAACGGAACCUGCGUCAACACUCCAGGCAGCUUCUCUUGUUCCUGUAACGCCGGGUACCAGGGGAAGUUUUGUCGCGACGACGUCGACGAAUGUUUGGAUCGGUCCUGUCCUAUAUGUGUGAAUACCCCAGGGUCGUAUUCGUGUCAAUGUACUGAGGGAUAUACUGGACACGACUGCAAGAUGGACGUGGAUCCAUGCGCGUCUAGCCCUUGUCGUCAUGGAUCUUGUGUGAUCACAAACGGAUCUUUCAAAUGUAACUGCAAUAAUGGAUUUAACGGGUCUCUUUGCGAAAAUGACUUCACACAGUGCUUACCUAGUGUAUGUCUGCAUGGCAGCUGUCAAAAUAUGUCAGGCAAGUUUGUAUGCGUCUGCAAUAACGGAUGGAACGGCACGCAUUGCGAUGAUGACGUCAACGAGUGCUCAUGGGAUCAGCCAUCUGUCUGCGCCCAUGGACAGUGCACAAACACAAAAGGGUCGUACUCGUGUCACUGUGACAACGGUUACCAUGGAAACACAUGUCAAAAUGACGUUAACGAAUGUGAAUUUCGUCCUUGUGGAAACGGUUCGUGUAUAAACAAUGAUGGUUCUUACACUUGUAACUGUCCUUCGGGUUAUUCCGGAUUGCACUGUGAAAGAGAUAUUAACGAAUAUAAUGAUACAAUAAAAUAUUGCAAUAGAAGUGUUUGUAUUGGAGGUGUUUGUAACAACACAGUUGGGUCGUUUCGCUGUGACUGCAAUGAUGAAGCAACUGGUGAAUUUUGUUCAAACAUUACUACUAGUAUUAUGCCGGCAAAAACUUCAAACUCUACGCAGCACCAGAGCUGGUUGGACGGUCAUGCCUGGGUUUUUGGCGUUGUCGGUGCGGUUGCCCUGUGUGUACCAUUUGCCAUAUUGGUGGCUGUGAAAAUAAGAAGAAGACGUCAGGCGAACGCCGCUGAUGAACAGUUCGGGCGGCUGGAAAUCUCUUCUAAUCCCUCCGUUUCCAGCACGUUCGACUCCCGCAUGGUAGCAGGGAACCUCCUGUUUAUGCAAGACAUAUUCGAGGGAAUCGACGAAAUAUAA